AUGGCGAGCUGGGCGGUGGUGAGAGCCGCGCGCAGCCCGCCCGGUGCCCGAGUCCGGGCCGCGGCCGCCCUCCCCCUCGCCUGCCCCGGUUCCCUCCCUUCCCGCUCCAACUCCUCCUCCUCCUCCUCCUCCUCCUCCAUGCCUCUGUCCCUCCUGCUCCUCCUCAUCCUGCUCCUGCUGCUCGAGGACGCCGGAGCCCAGCAAGGUGAUGGAUGUGGACACACCGUUUUAGGCCCUGACAGUGGAACCCUUACAUCCAUAAACUACCCGCACGCCUACCCCAACAGCACCGUGUGUGAAUGGGAAAUCCGAGUAAAGAUGGGAGAAAGAAUUCGCAUCAAGUUUGGUGACUUUGACAUUGAAGAUUCAGAUUCUUGUCACUUUAAUUACUUGAGAAUUUAUAAUGGAAUUGGAGUCAGCAGAACAGAAAUAGGCAAGUACUGUGGUCUGGGGUUGCAAAUGAAUCAUUCAAUUGAAUCAAAAAGCAGUGAGAUCACUGUGCUGUUCAUGAGUGGAAUCCAUGCUUCCGGACGAGGAUUUUUGGCUUCAUACUCAGUCAUAGAUAAGCAAGAUCUAAUCACUUGUUUGGAUACUGCGUCCAAUUUUUUGGAGCCUGAGUUCAGUAAGUACUGCCCAGCUGGAUGUCUGCUUCCUUUUGCUGAGAUAUCGGGAACGAUUCCCCAUGGGUAUAGAGAUUCCUCACCAUUGUGCAUGGCUGGUGUGCAUGCCGGAGUAGUGUCAGACGUGCUGGGAGGCCAAAUCAGCGUGGUCAUCAGUAAAGGCAUCCCGUACUAUGAAAGCUCUUUGGCCAACAACGUCACAUCCGUGGUGGGACACUUAUCUACAAGUCUUUUUACAUUUAAGACAAGUGGCUGCUAUGGAACACUGGGGAUGGAAUCUGGUGUGAUUGCUGACCCUCAGAUAACAGCGUCGUCUGUGCUGGAGUGGACUGACCACACGGGGCAGGAGAACAGCUGGAAGCCCGGGAAGGCCAGGCUGAGGAAGCCGGGGCCCCCCUGGGCCGCCUUCGUCACUGAUGAGCAUCAGUGGUUACAGAUCGAUCUGAGUAAGGAGAAGAAGAUAACAGGUAUCAUAACUACUGGAUCCACCAUGGUGGAGCACAAUUACUACGUGUCUGCCUACCGAAUUCUGUACAGCAAUGAUGGGCAGAAGUGGUCUGUGUACCGGGAGCCUGGGGUGGAGCAGGACAAGGUAUUUCAAGGAAACAGAGAUUACCACCAGGAUGUGCGUAACAACUUCCUGCCACCCAUCAUUGCGCGCUUCAUCAGAGUGAAUCCCACCCAGUGGCAGCAGAAGAUUGCCCUGAAGAUGGAGCUGCUUGGGUGUCAGUUUACUCCCAAAGGCCGUCCUCCAAAGCUCACUCCACCUCCACGGAACAACAAUGACCUCAAAAACACGACAGCUCUUCCCAAAAUAGCCAAAGGUCGUUUCCCCAAGUUAGGUCAACCACUACAACCUCGAAGCAGGGGUGAGUUUCCUGCACGGACCGGACAAACCACCGCCACCCCUGACAUAAAGAACACCACCGUCACCCCAGACGUCACCCAAGAUGUGGCGCUGGCGGCCGUCCUCGUCCCUGCGCUGGUCAUGGUCCUCACCACCCUCAUCCUCGUGUUCGUGUGCGCCUGGCACUGGAGGAACAGGAAGAAGAAAACUGAAGGCACCUAUGACCUGCCUUACUGGGACCGGGCAGGUUGGUGGAAAGGGAUGAAGCAGUUUCUCCCCGCCAAAUCAGUGCAGCCCGACGAGACCCCAGUGCGCUACAGCAGCAGUGAGGUGAAUCACCUGAGUCCCAGAGACGUCACCUCCGUGCUGCAGACCGACUCGGCAGAGUACGCGCAGCCCCUCGUGGGAGGGAUCGUCGGUGCACUGCAUCAGAGAUCUACCUUUAAGCCAGAGGAAGGGCAGGAAGCAGGCUACGCGGACCUUGAUCCUUACAACUCCCCAGUGCAGGAAGUGUACCAUGCCUACGCGGAACCACUGCCCAUUACGGGGCCCGAGUAUGCCACCCCAAUCGUCAUGGACAUGUCAGGGCACCCCGCAGCCUCUGUCAGUCUGCCCUCCACAUCCACUUUCAAAACAGCAGGGAAUCAGCCUCCUGCUCUGGUAGGAACUUACAGUGCCCUCCUCUCCAGGGCUGACAGCUGCUCCUCAGGCCGAGUCCAGUACGAUACUCCAAAAGGUGGGAAGCCAGGUCCCACCGCGCCAGAACUGGUGUACCAGGUGCCGCAGAGCGCCCAGGAAGUCCCAGGAGCGGCCAGGGAUGAGGCGGGUGACAUUUUUAAAGAGACCCUUUGAAGGUGGUGCUGCUUUUUACAAAGCGUCCAUUUAAAGCACAUGGCUUUUUAAAAAUAAUUAGUGGUAGUAAUAAUAGAUUGUUUUACCUAUCUGUCACUGAAGUGGUUGGGAAAAUGUGGUGACCGAGGUACAAGAAACUACUCAUUGUACCACCUUGCUUUAUGGGUGUUACUGUGGCACAGUUACUGCUUGCCUGUUACCUUCCAGAUUUCCUGUUUGUUACUACUGUAGAACACUAUUUUUAUUACAAAGCUCCCUAUGAUGCACUUCAAAGAACUGAAAAUCACUGAGAGUAUUUAUUGCCAAUGCUGCAGGUACAUUAAUGAACUCACGAUGGUUCGGUAAGCCUUGCUGGUAAAAACGCAUGGUGGUACUAUUCUUGAAAUAUCUAAUGGCUUGAAAUUCUCCCUUUGGGAAAGAUAGGUACUGUCAUCCUCCUCUUUUAUUCCUGUGUCACUUUCUGAUUCUUUUUUAAAAACAAUAAUCAGUUAUCUGCGUGUGCAUGGUUUUGAGUCGGCCGCACACACUUCUCUCUCAUUAUGAAGAUCUCUAGUGACACUCUUGAAGUGUGUCAGCGCCUCAUGUUGCAGGACUCACAGCUGGCCAGUCCACCCGGAGCCUUGCAGCGCUUCAUGGCUAUAUCUAUUCUGUUCAUAAAAAGCAGGUGGUGGUUUGGGUUUUGUUGUUGUUGUUUGUUUUUUGUUUAAUAGGCAGUGCUCACCUUGGUCAGUCUCAUGAAAUCAGAGCCUCUGAUAUGUCUAAGUAUCCUUUUCCAUGUGAAAACAGGAGACAAGCAAUUUACAAUUUACAAAAGCUGUAAAGGUGAUGCCCCUGCUUGACUUGGAGGUUACAUAAAUUACCUUGAAGGAGGUAAUAAGACCUUCACCAUUUUGGUUUUAAAUUUUCACGAGUCUUGGGUAUUUUAUAAGCUUAAUCAAAUAAAAUGUUUUAAUUUCAUUUUUCUUCAGCAAAUUAUAAGAAAAACCCAGCAUGAGCUAGACUUUAUGGCAUAGGUUUAUAAUCCCAGGUACUCAGGAAGCUGAGACAAGAGGAUCACAAGGGUCAGGGCCUGUGUGGGCUGUAGAGUUCGGCAACUGACGAGCUCCUGUCUCAAAAUGAAAAAGAGCUGGGGUCUGUACCAGUGGCUCACAAGAGAGAGGCUCAGUCUUCAGCACUGGUAGAGAGAGCCCCCAGCAGGCAUCCUUCCGUGCCGUGUAACACUGCCUUGGUUUGUGCUAGAUGUGAGCCGUCCUUUAGGCCAUGUUUUAGGAACAUACACACUAGCAUCAGAAAUUAUAUUUGAUUAUCCCCCAAAACUUCCUUGUCACUGCCUGUUAAUGACCUGCCCCGAACUUCAUUUCAGGGUGACUCAAGAGUCACCUGUACUGUCCUCCUGUAAAUGUCUGCGGGCGGCAAGACAAGAUAAGCAGCUCGCCAUAGGAUGAACAUGUGACAUUUGACCCCCCUCCUCAUUUACCUCUGUAGGUUGAAUGUUAAACUUUCCUGUCAGGUUCGUGUCAUGUCUGUUGGCUGUGCCACCAGGCUCUGACGUUGUCCAGAGUCACUACAUUAGAAGAGUGCAGAAGCGUUCGUUUGGCUUCCACACCAAGCCCGCCCACCAGUAUUCCAAAGGAUGAUCUCAGCGAGACACCUGUGCUGCUGCAGCUUCCCUGCUUUCUCCUCGUAUGAUGGUUGUAUUUUCAUUUGCCUUUUCUCCCCCCAAACCUUGAGGCGCAAUUCCACUCUUUGUGCAUAUUUUGUUUUGAAGUUUUGCAACAAAAAGCACAGGUGUUGAACUUUAUUAAACCAUAUAUGAAUGUGUAAAGCACAUGGAUUCAUGCAGUUGUCCCCUUUCAGGUGGGAACAAAGUAAACCAGUUGCUGUAUUCUUUUUAUCCAUGCUUGGUACUCAGAGAAUAUGGUUUUCCUCAAGUCAUUUAUCUGUUUGAAGCUUUAAGAAAGGUAUUUCAGAACAGAUUUAUUUCCCCAAAGAAGCUUGCUGGUUUUGUGCAGUUAGGUUUCUCGAAUCACACUUUCCCCUGGAGCUUUUUCUCCCAGUAAAGUGAGACAGUGUUUUCUGAAAUGAUGCACAUUGUAGGACUUGAUGCAUAGCAACUGUGCUGUCCUUGAAUGACUAAUGGUUUUAAUAAAGUAUUAGUUGUUCUUUUUGUAUAGUUUCCUUCCCAAAUGAAGAUCUGAGCCAUACUCAAAAAAUUUUUCUGGUGUUUUUACUUUUCCUUUGAGUUUGUUUUCAUAUUGUAGAUUUUUUAAAGUUUUUUGGGUUU